GAUGACAGCCAACGACGGGAUUUCUCUCUCCGGCGAUAAGUCGUUGACGACAUUUUGUCAAUAAAUUGUAGAAUAAAUUGAAAAUCGUAGGAAUUUUCUUAGUGCUUAGUGUUAAAUAAGCCACAAAAAUGGCAGAUAAUGAACAAAAAGCAAUGCAACUAAUGGCGGAAGCCGAAAAAAAGUUAAAUUCGUCGAAAACCUUUCUCGGGUCACUUUUUGGUGGCUCAUCAAAAGUGGAAGAGGCGGUGGACUGCUACCUUCGCGCCGCCAACCUCUUCAAGAUGGCAAAGAAGUGGCCCCAAGCUGGUCAGGCGUUUUGUAAUGCUGCCCAGUUACACCUGAAGGCUGGGGUGCGUCAUGACGCAGCAACCAACUUCGUAGACGCUUCCAAUUGCUACAAGAAGUGUGACCCUAAUGAGGCUGUGUCGUGCCUGUUGAAAGCAAUCGAGAUCUAUACUGAUAUGGGCCGUUUCACCGUCGCUGCAAAACAACAUCAGAACAUCGCGGAACUGUACGAGACGGAGUGCGUGGACCUGGCGCGCGCUAUGCAGCACUACGAGCAGGCGGCCGACUACUUCCGAGGCGAGGAGUCCACCUCCUCCGCCAACAAGUGCAUGCUCAAGCUCGCCCAAUACGCCGCUCAGCUCGAGCAUUACGACAAGGCCAUACAAAUAUAUGAACAGAUUGCCAAAUCGUCCCUGGACAACAGCCUGCUGAAGUACAGCGCCAAGGAGUACAUGUUUCGCGCGGCGCUGUGCCACUUGUGCGUGGACCUGCUCAACGCGCAACACGCCAUCGAGAAGUACUGCGGCCUCUACCCGGCCUUCGCCGACACCAGGGAGUGCAAGCUCAUCAAGGAAUUAAUUGAACAUCUCGAGGAACAAAACAUAGACGCGUUCACCGAAGCGGUGAAGACUUACGACAGCAUAUCCCGGCUGGACCAGUGGUACACAACGAUGCUCGUUCGCAUCAAGAAACAAAUCAACGACAACCCCGACCUGCGUUGAGUCACCCGCUUCUCUAUGCCCGACGCCGUCACCGCUGCGUGAGUCUUGUCUAUGGUACGGAUGGAAUUCAUUUUGUCUAUAGUCAAUCGUUUUUAACGGUUUUGUUAUUUAAUCUGUAUUCGAUUAAUGCGCAAAAUCGAUUGUUACUUAACGUUGUAUUUUAUUGGUAAUUAGUAUAUUUUCUAAUUUUUUUUUUUUUUUAGAACUAUCGGUAGUUUAAUAAGUAAUAUAUCACUUUUUGCAGCGAACUUGUCAAUAGGAAUUUAAUUAUCUUAUAUUAACAUAUAUGUUUUCUUUUAUUCAUAUGCGCAUGACAAUGCAGUAAUGAAUAAAAGAAACUUAUAUUUAAUUUGUUUUGUCAAUUAUUUUUUAAAAAGACAAAACAUUUAAAGAGUUAUAAUUGAUUUAUAGCUUUGCCACUGAGCAAUUUUGUUGGUAUUUCUUAAUUGAUGGAUUUAAUUGGAAAGUUUAUAUGUACAAGAAAGGUUAAAUCUACAAAUAUAGAAUGUAAAAAAUAACCACGUGUUUGUUACACUUAAAAAAAAAAUAAACGUAAUCAGGAAACCUUAUACCAAUAAAGUAUUAAAUAUUGACUGAAGGUCAAAGCAAUCAAUUGUAUAAAUACAAAAUGUUAUGUACUACAACGGCGUCGGUUAAACUAAUUUCCUUUUAACAAUCUUGUAGUAUAUUCAUAUGCCUAUUUCAAUAUAAUGGUUAGGCGAACAAGUUCAUGUUACACUAUUGUUCAACGUAUUUAUGUACCUAUAUAUAUUAAUAAAUAAUCUCAAUUAAUUAACAAUAAAUACAUUUAAAUUGAAGUUUAACAUGCGCGGAUCACAUACAACGAUGGAAUAAAUAAUUCUGCGAGGCAUGGGAUUCCUUGUGUUCCAUCAGUUUUGUAUAGAAACGAGAAUGUGAAAAAGACUCCAUUUUCCGCACUUAGCCUCUCACUUGGGCCAUUGUGCGUAUGAGUAUAGAAACGAGUUUGUGGCACACUUUCACAGGAAUGACAAAUAUUCUGAAAAUGUUGCGGAGUUUCUCAGACGAUCAUUAUGAGAAGUGUUUGGCAUGUGUAUACGAAACGGUCGGCCAAUUCAAUCUUGUCUAUAUUUCUAUUCUAUUCUAUUCUAUUCUAACACAAGUGUCAAAUAACACGCAUUAUUAACUUUCUAUAUAAAAAACCGAAUCUAACUGAGUUGUGUUUAUUCAUAUGCAUAUAUAUGUGUGCUGUCGUUAUAUUCGGAAUAUUGCCUGAGCGUAUACUAUAUAUUCUUUAAAAAAUAUAUCUUUUGUCUUGAUUUUAUAGAUAUUAUCACAAUAUCUUCUGGGAAAUUUUUGAUCUUAUCACUUGCAACACUGAAAAAAUGGCGCGUUUUGUAUUGAUUUAAAAACUCCUACGAAGAUCUAUAUACAUUACGGAUGAAAUAAUUUCCUCUUCUUUUAUGAAGCACCAAUUGUAACUAAUGACUAAGUCGCAUACGACCUAGUCAUUACCUUGACUAGCUAGACUAGCAUGAUCCAUAGAUCAUGCUCUUUGCCUGUCCGAUUUUGAACAAAUUUUAAAACAAUAACAAAGUAUAUAUCAAAUUGAGUUAGCCAAAUGGCAAUUUGGUUGAUUAAAUGUUGCCAGGUUUUUGACACUCGAUGCUGUAUCUAUAUAAGCUUUUUACUUUAUAAUAAAUAGAUUUAUUAUUUAACAGUGAUCAGUAGAAGAUUUAAAUCAUGUUGAUAAUAAAGUAUUACAUUAAAAUAACAUUUGAUAUUAAAUAAAUUGGGAUUGAAUAAAUUAUUAGUAACUUGAUGACGCUAAUGUGUGAUUAUACAUUUAUAACGAUUCCAAAUUGGAACGUAAUUAAUAUUCACGUUGUAGUUUAAUUCGUAUAUAACACAUACUCCCAUUGUUUUAUAAAGAUUUUAAUGAGAUCUCAAUAUUAAUUCUAUACUGAAAGAGGUCUGCUUGUUCGUUAUUGCCAGUAGUAAAAAUAAUUAAAAAAACUUAGGGUUUUAAAGAGCCAUUUAAAUUAUAUUCUGUAACUUGAUUAUUAUAUUUUCAAUAGAAUGUACUAUAGUAGUAUCUUCGAAAUAACUAAUUUAAUUUUGCAGAGUAGAAUUUUACUUGUUUAUUUAGUAUUACCUCGACGUUGCGUCCAGGUUACUCGAAAAAUGUAUGAGUUAAUUUCGGCUAUUAGGCGAUCAAAAUGGCGGACACGAAUAGAUUAAAAUUAAAAAAAUAUAUCAUAGUUUCUUUUUCUAUUUAAGAUUCAAUCAAUGGUGUAACAUGGAUAUUUAGUAUUCAAGAUUAGGUGGUAUAAAUCUAGCAAUUAAGUUGGGAUAUAAUCGAAGUUUUUUAAAUAAAUUCGUAUUGGGUACACUGCGAACGUUCCAUAUAUUGUUAUGUUAAGUACACUUAUUUGAGUCCAAAGGUAACUCUUAUACUAUUUAAUUUAUAUUCAUUGUUUUAGUAAUUAAAAUCGCCUCUGUGUGACGUCUUUGUAUUAUAUAUAACAUUAUAUUAUUAUUUAUAAAUUUGUUUAGUCAUAAAGAAAAACCCCCAUUCCACUACAAAAUGGCGGCAAACGUCAGCCAUUUUUUGUUCUUAUUUUGAAAACUGGUUGUUGCCGUGGAACGGGGCCUAUUCUCAUUUAGAUUAAAAUAUUUGUAACAUUUAUUUAUAUUGUUGUAAAUAUUGUCUGUUUCGUUAUAAAUAAAUUUUAUAUUUUUAAUUUCAA